AACAAAUUAAUGAUGAAUUUUUCAUUAUUUUUUUAUCUAUGUUUUUUUCUAGUCAAUUGGAUUUCUUGUUCAAAUCACAAGGACCCUGUAUAUUGGCGAGAAUUGAGUAGAAAUGCAUUGUACCAUUCGAAAACGUUUCUUUCGGAUGACGACAUCAAACAAGCUAAAAAUGUUAUUAUCUUCCUUGGUGAUGGAAUGGGUAUGCCAUCCAUAUCUGCAGCUCGAUUACUAAAACGACAAAUUACCAAUAAAAAUGAUGACCAUCUAGUUUUUGAACAAUUCGAUCAUACGGCAUUGAUUCAGACAUACAACAUAGAUUAUGCAGUUCCGGAUUCGGCAGGAACAGGAACGGCUUUUUGUACUGGAGUGAAAACAAAUCGUGGUACGAUCGGUGUGAAUGGAAACGUUAAUUAUAAAGAUACAAAUUGCGAAUUGUUACAAGAAAACAUUGUUGAAACGGUUUUUGAAAAAGCUGCCAAAUCAGGUAAAAGUGUUGGAUUUGUUACGACGGCCAGUAUUACCGAUGCUACACCGGCGGCAACCUAUGCACAUGUCUCAAGUCGUUAUGAUGAAUCUUCAUCAUCUUUAAAUGAUGAUAAAUGCAAAGAUAUUGCUCUACAAUUGAUUGAAGAUCAUACAGAAUAUCGAGUAAUGCUUGGUGGUGGAAGAAAAAACUUUCUUCCAAAAGGAAAAGAAGUUGGCAAAAGAGAAGAUAAUCGUGAUUUGUUCGAAGAAUGGCAAUAUAAAUUGGGAAAUCAAACGAAUCAUCAUCAUUAUGAAUUUGUUUCGACAAAACAAGAAUUAUCAGAGAUCGAUUAUGACAAAGUUGACUAUUUGCUUGGAUCAUUUUGUGAAAAUCAUAUGAAAUUCGAUAAAGAAUUAAAAAACGAUACCAGCGAAACUGAACCGACAAUAGAAGAGAUGACUGUAGCAGCAUUGCAAAUUCUAAAAAAGAACAAAAAUGGAUUCUUUUUAAUGGUCGAAGGUGCCAAAAUCGAUAAAGCUCAUCAUACAAAUCAAGCAUUUUAUUCAUUACAUGAUCUAUUGGCAUUUGAAAAGGCAAUUAUCAAAGCGCAAUCAAUGGUCAAUCUUAAAGAAACGUUAAUCAUUGUCACAGCAGAUCAUUCACAUAGUUUUACUCAUAGUGGCAGCUCGUUAAUGACAAAUGAUCUUUUUGGAUUUAGUGAUUAUACAGAUAGAGAUGGAAAAAAUUUUACCUCAUUGAUUUAUUCAACUGGACCUGGAUAUAAAGAAUCGAGAAAUUACACGGAAAAGAAAUCAAACAAAUUGACUUUGCUCAAAUAUCGGCCGUACCAUUGGACAGUGCUACUCAUGGAGGCGAUGAUGUUGCCGCUUAUGCAACAGGACCAGGAUCUAAUUUACUGAGAGGAAGUCAAGAACAAACAUACAUAGCUCAUUUGAUGGAAUUUGCGUCUUGUAU